AAUUUAUUAACUCUCUGAAGAUGAUAUCAUUAAUUUUGUUUUUGUUGGGAAAAGAAUUCCAGCAUGACAGGUGAACAACUUGCGGCACCUUCAUGUCCAAGAGAUGGAGAGGAUGUUUCUAUCACACGUGGACGCCCUAAGCCAAAUGAUCUCAAAAUGUGGACUAUGAUGGGUGUGUUUGUACCAUGCUUGCAGAAUAUUUUAGGAAUCAUAUAUUACAUUCGCGUUUCCUGGAUUUUUGGUAUGGCAUGCAUAUGGGAGCCACUAUUGCUGGUUUCUCUUUGUGGCCUGUGCACUUUCUUGACGUCCAUAUCAUUUAGUGCAGUAGCUACUGAUGGCGCAAUGAAGGGUGGUGGACCAUAUUAUUUAAUUGGUCGAGCGCUUGGUCCUGAGGUUGGUGUUAGUAUUGGGCUGUGCUUCUUCCUCGGGAAUGCAGUUGCUGGAUCCAUGUAUGUUUUGGGGGCAGUGGAAACCUUUCUGGAUGCUGUACCGGCUGCUGGGAUUUUCAAAGGUGAUGUAUUUUCUGCUCCUCUCGUUGGUAGGGAGGCAGACUUCCUUAUCCAUGGCAUUGCUAAACCAUUACAUGAAGGUGAUGUAAUCGGAUCUGACAGUUUAGUGGAGGACAAUGAUCUCACUGCUGCCCCUUGCCUUGAUUUGGAUCUUCUAGACAAGCUGCAGGCAGUUUGUCAGUAAUGACAUGGGGACCGUGAUAUUAGUUCCGUGCAAAAUGUGUAAACCUCCUGUCAAACACCGCACCCCAAUCUGAUGAUAUGGAACCCUACUGGUUUUCUGAUGGAUGAGUACAGAAAAAUUGCUCGAGUCUAAACAAGUUCAGUUACCAACCAAACCGAUGAACCAUUACAUAAUAUCAGGAAGAUGAAAAGGUGGUAAAGGAUUACGAAGGGAGGAGCAAAGAGGUGUAGAAAAGUAUUGAGAUACAACACCCAAGGUAUUACUAAACCAGCAAUAAGAGGCGGCAUGAAACGAUUAAGUGGAUGUACAUUCACAUUCGUUUCAAAAGAUUGGAAGUCUGAAUAAGAAAAUCUGUCAUCAUUCAUCAAUAAAUUUGUAAGAACAAUAGAGCUACGUAGGCAGUGCUCUGUGUGAAUAGCUAUCAGGGUUUACGUUACAAUCGUCGUUAAAUACAACCAAGCUAAUUUUUUAUCUCGAAAUAGUGCCGUGUUUCAUUAGAAAGCUCACUUCUUGCUAGGUACCUGACACUAGCACCAAGGAUGCAGUAAUUGUUGGCAGCAAGAUUUCGGCAUCUUGUUAUGAACGGAGAUGGGUUUUCUUUUAAUUGUAAUUAUACGCACCUGUCAUGCUUACUUCUGCAUUUGUAUGAGUUUAUCCGUAUUGUUUAAC